GUAAUGAGGGAAUCCCAAUUAGGCCUAAUCACUCUGGAACAGCUCCUUCAGCAACUGAACUACCACCACCACAAGAUUAUUAUCAGGUAAUAAAAGAAUACCCACGAGGCCUAAUCACUCUAAACCAGAUCAUUCAGCAACUGGCCCACAUCCACCACAAGAAUAACCACGAGGCCUAAUCACUCUAAACCAGAUCAUUCAGCAACUGACCCACAUCCACCUCAAGAUAGAUGCAAUGGGAAGAUUUAUGGUAGUUGUAUAAUCCACUCUCCAACAGUAUUCCCCAGAGGCUGCGAUGUUGGUACUAGAUGUAGAUACGGCAGGACUAGGCCCUAAUUAAAUUGAAAUAAUAUCAGUAGAGUCGGAGUUAGGAUUUGAAAUUUAUGAAUUAUAAAUUUCGGAAACAACCUCUAUAGCUACCUCGCAGAGGUAGAGGUAGUGGUAAGGUAUAUGUACUUUAUCUUUCCUAAACUUCACUUGCGGGAUGGAUAUGUUAUUAUUGUAGUUACUGAUUCAUAGUAAAUUGUAAACGAUAAACUUUAUCAUUUCAAUUUACUUAGCGAUAUUCAAAGAAACGAUAAACAUCUAGUGGCGGCUGGUUGUAUCGAUUCGAACUUAAUGGCGAUCUGUCAAGACUUGCAUAAGGACUCUAAAGCCACACUAACUUAGGUUAAAAUCUAAAUAAUGACACUGAAUUGGUCUACUUUUGCAAAUCUCCCAUCCAAACAAGUUUGAAUGGGCUGAGCAUUCAAAAGCCCAAGAGUUCCUUGUUAGGCUAUUCAGAAUAGUUGCUACACGUGAAAUACAGAUAACAAUUUCGAAAUAAAAUUCGAGAUCAAUUUUAUUUGAGGUAUGAGUUAAUUUGAGAUUAUAUUAUUCCAUCAUUUAUUAAAAUUAUGAAAUUUAUUAUUCAUACAAAAUGGAAAAACAAAAUAAUAUUGUAGACCGGCGUGAGAUAUCUUUAUUUAUCUUAUCGAGUGUACUUAUUGUCAUUUAACUAUGAGGUGACGAGUUCAAAUUCUAUAAUAGAUUCUUCUGAUUAGCCCUUUAGCAACUCGUGUCCAUAACAGAAGUUUUAGUGUUAUAGGCGCCAAUGAAAUAUUAAAAAAAAUAUUCAUACCAAAUAAAAACUUAAAAUAAUAUCAUAGAAUAUUCAUGAGAUAUUUUUACUUAUCUUAUCGAGCGUACUUGUCAUUAUUUCAUCAAGAGGUUACGAGCUCAAACUCUAUAAUAAAUUCUUAUUAUUAGAAUAUCUUCAACAAAUCCCUGUAUAACAGAAGCCUUAGGGGUUGUUUGGUUGGGAAACAAGUUAUCUCGAAUUUACUAAUUUCGAGAUUAGUUAUUCCAUAUUUAAGGAGAGAUAAAAUUAACACUACAAUUCAGAUAACUUAUAUCGAAAUAAGUUAUCUCACGAAUUUUAUAUCAAUCAAACAUGGAAUAAUCUAAUCUUAAAACUAAUCUCGAAAUUAGCUAUCACUUAUUUUUCCUACCAAACGGGACCUUAAGGAUCAUUUGGUAGGAGGUAUAAAACGGAAUAUCUCAUAAAUAAAAUUUAUAUCAUAUUUAAUUGAUGAUAUAAAUUUAUACCGAAAUUAAUUUAUACCUUCAAUCAAAUAUUACAUAAAAUUAAUACCGUCACAUUUAAUCUUGAUAUUACCCAUAUUACCCAUCAAUCAUGUGACUAUUUAUACCACCGCCCAUAUAUGAUAGUAUAAAAUAGUCGAGAGAUUAUACUUCUGGGACAAUUUAGUUUACGUACCAAACCAGACCUUAAUUAAAAUUUAUUAGUGUAAUAUAAAAAGUGGCGGGACCCACCAAAACUUUUCAAAUACUAUAAAUACUCCCACACGCAUACUCCAUUUUGAUUCUCCCCGUAAAAUUUAUUCUGGUGCCGGAGAAAUGGAAAACGGAGCUCCGUCAACCGGAACGCCGCCUUCACCGCCACCGUCUCCGAUGCCUAAAGUCGGCGUAGCGGUAUUUCUAUUGAACGGAAGUAAAGUUCUGUUAGGAAAACGCCUCUCCGCCAUCGGUCAUAGUACUUUUGCACUUCCCGGCGGCCACCUGGAGUUCGGGGAAAGUUUUGAAGAGUGCGCUGAGAGGGAGGUGAAGGAGGAAACCGGAUUAGAAAUCGAUAAAGCAGAGUAUCUAACAGUGACUAACAAUAUUAUCUCGGAGAAAGUGCAUGUCGUUUGCAUAUUCGUAAGAGCAGUCCUUGCUGAUGUUAACCAGAAGCCUGAAACACUUGAACCUGAGAAAUGUGCUGGUUGGGAUUGGUAUGAAUGGAACAAUCUCCCUAAACCACUCUUUGGUCCUUUAGAAGAUAUGGUCCAAAGUGGCUUCAACCCUUUUCCAACUAGUGCUAGUUAACUGUUUUGCUAAGCAUUUAGGAUUUGAUGCACUGUUUUUUUUUGUAAUGGCAAGUGAUUCUAGAAUGUGAUAUUUUUGAAGGGUUGUUUGGUGCACUAAGCUUUUGCUAUAGCAACGUCCUCGUUGAUAGUC